CUUGCAUUUGUCAUUUUCCGGUGGUCAUUUCAUUCGUACGCGCGACUUUUUGGCGAGUGUGUAUAAAAAUCUCCGGCUCUGCGUAAAACAAAAACCGAAAAUCGUGCUGCUUAGCCCCCGAAAUUAGUAAAUCAAACAAAAACACACAAAAUGGCCGAGAACAAGCAAGUGGAUACGGAGAUGAACGGCGAGGAUUUCACCAAGGACGUGACUGCCGACGGUCCUGGAUCUGAAAAUGGUGAUGCGGGCGCCGCCGGCUCCACCAACGGCAGUUCGGACAACCAAUCGGGCGCAUCCGGCCAGCGGGACGACGACAGAAAACUGUUUGUUGGUGGUCUGAGCUGGGAAACGACUGAAAAGGAACUGCGCGAUCACUUCGGCAAGUAUGGCGAGAUCGAGAGCAUCAAUGUCAAGACAGAUCCCCAGACCGGUCGCUCCCGAGGAUUCGCCUUCAUCGUGUUCACAAACACCGAGGCUAUUGACAAGGUCAGCGCCGUCGAUGAGCACAUAAUCAACAGCAAGAAGGUCGACCCCAAGAAGGCCAAGGCCAGGCACGGUAAGAUCUUUGUCGGUGGCCUCACCACAGAGAUCACCGAUGAGGAGAUUAAGACCUACUUUGGACAGUUUGGCAACAUCGUCGAGGUUGAGAUGCCAUUCGACAAGCAAAAGUCGCAGCGUAAGGGAUUCUGCUUCAUCACCUUCGAUUCGGAGCAGGUGGUGACGGAUCUACUGAAGACGCCCAAGCAGAAGAUCGCCGGCAAGGAGGUCGAUGUUAAGCGUGCAACGCCCAAGCCAGAGAACCAGAUGAUGGGCGGUAUGCGUGGAGGCCCACGCGGUGGUAUGCGCGGCGGACGCGGUGGCUACGGAGGACGUGGUGGCUACAACAACCAGUGGGACGGACAGGGAUCCUACGGCGGCUAUGGCGGCGGCUACGGCGGAUAUGGUGCCGGUGGUUAUGGCGACUACUAUGCCGGCGGCUACUAUAAUGGAUAUGACUACGGUUAUGACGGAUACGGUUACGGCGGCGGCUUUGAGGGUAACGGCUACGGCGGAGGCGGUGGUGGCAAUAUGGGCGGUGGUCGCGGUGGACCCCGCGGCGGCGGCGGCCCCAAAGGCGGCGGUGGCGGUUUUAACGGUGGCAAGCAGCGCGGAGGCGGUGGACGCCAGCAGCGGCAUCAGCCCUACUAAAAAGGGGCAAGGGGCGUGGGCAUUGGGUAUCUCGCAUUCUCCAAAUAACUGCAAACUAUUUGAAUUUUACCUAGUUUAGUUUGUUAUGCAUUACUACAAGAAGCAACACACAUCUCUACAACAACACCGUCUGGGUAACCGCAUAUAUACGCCGUUGUAUAUAUCUGUAUGAAA